UAUUCUGAUCUGAAAUUAGAGAUAUCACAUUUUAGCUAUGUCAAAGAGCAAUGUAACUCUAUCUGUCAGUGGCUCCAACAUUAUAAUUGACAAUGGAUUGAUACGGCUUACAAUAAUGAAACCACAAGGACUGCUCACAGCCAUAAAGUAUGCUGGAAUAGACAACUUAUUAGACACCAAAUCCAACCAACUUAACAGAGGUUACUGGGACAUCAACUGGAACUUGCCAGGAGGCCAAGACAGAUACCUAUUGCUAAGGGGAUCCGAAUAUAGCGUGAUCAGUUUGAGCAACGAUAAUCUGGAGGUCUCGUUUAAGUCUAGCUAUGACCCUUCGGUUAGUGGGACAAGGCUUCCCCUAACUAUAGAUCAAAGGUACAUUGUAAGGAGUGGAGUUUCGGGUUUCUACUGCUACGCCAUCUACGAGCGCCCUCAGGGUUGCCCCCCCUUCGACCUUGCUCAAACACGCAUGGUGUUUAAGCUGCAACGCGACAGGUUUCAUUACAUGGCAAUCACGGAUUGGAAACAACGCGUGAUGCCAAUGCCAGAGGAUCUACUGCCAGGCAGAGGCAAAACGCUGAUUGUGCCCGAGUCUGUAUUGCUUGUUAAUCCGAUCAAUCCGGACCUUAAAGGAGAGGUUGACGACAAAUACCAAUAUUCGAUGGACAACAAGGAUGGUGGAGUCCAUGGAUGGAUAAGCUCCAACCCCAGUGUGGGAUUCUGGAUCAUCUUCCCUAGCCAUGAGUUCCGCAAUGGUGGACCCACCAAGCAAAAUCUCACGUGCCAUACCGGUCCAACCUGCCUUGCUAUGUUACAUGGAAGUCAUUACAUUGGGAACGACAUGGUUGCUCACUUUGAACAAGGUGAAGUAUGGAGAAAGGUGUUCGGCCCCUUCUUCGUUUACCUCAACGCCACUAAAGAUGUCUCCCAAUCUUACAAUCUAUGGACAGAUGCAAAGAAACAGAGGUUAAUGGAGGAGUCGUUAUGGCCGUACGAUUUCAUCUCAUCGCCAUACUAUCUGACGUCCAAGGAGCGCGGCUCUGCUACAGGAAGACUCUUUGUCCAAGAUAGAUAUAUUUCAGAUUCGCUUAUUCCUGCGAAGUCUGCCUUUGUUGGGCUAUCAGUUGCAACAACGGCCGGUUCUUGGCAAACUGAAAGCAAGGAUUACCAAUUCUGGGUGCAAACAGAUUUAGAUGGAAACUUCAGCAUAAAAAAUGUUGUGCCAGGAGUUUAUGGGCUUCAUGGUUGGGUUCCAGGUGUGAUUGGUGAUUACCUGUACCAUCAACUUGUCACUAUCUCUCAAGGAAUCGAAACAGAGGUAGGUGAUGUAAUCUAUGCGCCCAUAAGAGAUGGGCCAACUCUAUGGGAGAUUGGUUAUCCAGAUCGCACUGCAGCUACAUAUUAUGUGCCUGAUGUCAAUCCCAUCUAUGUUAACAAAUUGUUUAUCAACACCCCUGAAAAAUACAGACAAUAUGGACUAUGGGAUAGAUACACAGACCUAAAUACCAAGAAUGAUCAAAUCUUCACUAUAGGGGUGAGUGAUGCAAGGAAAGACUGGUUCUUUGCUCAUGUCGAUAGGAGGAAUGGAAACGGUAAAUAUGUUCCGACAACGUGGGAGAUCAGAUUCUACCUAAAAUCGGUUGCUGCCGGAAUUUACAAGUUGAGAUUGGCUAUUGCCUCAGCUACCCGCUCCGACUUGGAGAUUCAUGUUAAUCAAAUGAAUGGUGAGCAGCUAGUGUUCCAAGUGACAAAUUUGGGCGCCGAUAAUGCAGUUUGUCGGCAUGGAAUCCAUGGACUAUACCAGCUUUUCAGUGUUGAUAUAUCAUCAGCAUUGUUGAUCAAUGGCGACAAUAGCAUGUUUCUCACCCAAGCACGAGCUGGUGAUGCACUUUGUGGAAUACUUUACGAUUACAUAAGGCUUGAAGCUCCACCAACUUGAUAUGAAACUCCAACUACAAUUACUCAAUCAAUGUAAUCAACACGAGAUGAUUCAAUUCUUAACUCUACUGCAUCUUCUAAGCGAA